AUGUUGUUGUCUGUUAUCACAAUAUGUGGAAACUUUCUUGUUAUAAUCUCUGUAUUUUAUUUCCAACAGCUCCACACUCCUACUAACUACCUUAUUCUCUCUCUGGCUGUGGCUGACCUGCUUGUUGGGAUCAUAGUCUUUCCUUUCAGCAUGGCAUUCUCACUUAGCUCAUGUCUGUAUGAUGAAGGUUUAUUUUACAGAUAUUAUGCAGUGUGUCAGCCUCUGAUGUAUAGAACUAAAAUCAACCAUUGUGUUGUUGUGAUCAUGAUUCUGGUUAGCUGGGGGGUCUCUCUUCUAAUAGGAAUAAACCUCAUAAUUGCUGGAUUAGAUUAUGAAAAAUGUGAGGAAAUGUGUUUGAUUGAUGUUCUCAUAGCAAACACUAUUGGACCUAUUUUCUCAUUUUACCUCCCAGUGAUCAUAAUGCUCUGUAUCUACCUAAAGAUUUUCCUUGCUGCACAGAAACAGGCACGCAGCAUCCAGAACACAACCUGUCAGAGCAAAAAGUCUGGAGCAACUGUCAGUAAGAAUGAGAGAAAGGCCUCCAAAACUCUGGCUAUCGUUUUAGGAGUCUUUCUUUUAUGUUGGACUCCUUUCUUUCUUUGUAUCACGGUUUUGCCUUUCACUCACUCAGUGCCAGUUCCUGUGAUUGAAACACUUAACUGGAUUACACUGUCAAACUCCAUGCUCAAUCCCUUUAUUUAUGCUUUCUUUUACAGCUGGUUCAGAUCAGCUUUUAGAAUGAUCAUUUCUGGUAAAAUAUUUAAUGGUGAUUAUACUAAUUCUAAACUGUCUUGA